AAACACAUAGUAUAAAAGUAGUCAGUCUUUAUAAAACAAUAUAUAGCGUACAAUAUAAUACCCAAUGAAUAUUUACUGUUACUCAGGCUUGACAAUGGCAUAGAUCACUGACUUUAUACUUGUCUAUACAGUCUGCAAUGGAGCAACCUACACUCACAUUAUUUCAUAAGGAAAUUAAUCGAAACAUUCCAUCAAAGCUAUUUCCCACAAUUUCACAGCAACAGAAGCAUGUGACGAUGUUAUAUUCAUAUGACCGGAACAAAAGCUGCUUUCAUACAACUCAACAACAGGCCCACAAUUUGAUGUCAUCAAAACCAACAAAUGCUUUACAACUUAUUGCAUCUCCCAAGGGCAAGUCAACAUUUUCAGAUGAAAGUCAUCACUUCUUAAGUAAAUAAAAUAAAUUAUACAUAUUUUAUGAUAAUAUCUUUAUCUUGUAUAGACAAUGCAAUAUUAUGUAGAGAAAGUUAGAAGAAGGUUGAAUAAAUGUGAGUCAAUGCCAGUGGUCAGUAGUAGGUGGUGUAUGGUGCUCAUUCAUUAUUCAUGGGGAAGGGUGGGCAGCGUGUAAGUGACAGGGACAGACAGAAACUGCAUUAAUGAAAUGUUCCGAUUCCCUAAGGGCUUCUGACCUGGUGUUUGAAGGACUGCUACUAGUUUUACACUUCAUCGAGGGGUAUAAUUCUGUGGAAAAUGAUCCUGAAAAGUCCAAAAGAUGUGACAAGCAAAGAGAGUCCUGAUUUGACUUCAUAGGGAAGGCAGUUGGAGUCUGCAUCAGUAAUAAUGGCUUGAUACUGCUUUAACUAUGGACAGACUUGUGGUACUAGUGUUUUUUCUUCUCUUAUGUCACCCUGUGUGGAUGUUUGAUGUCCCCUUGGAAGUCAAACAGCCUCCAACCAUCACCAAGCAGUCUCUGAAAGAACACAUUGUUGACCCAAAGGAAACUAUGGUCAUAGAAUGUGAGGCUAAAGGAAACCCCUAUCCCAUUUUCUCUUGGAGGCGCAAUGGGAAGUAUUUCAACGUAGCACGUGAUCCCCAGACGUCGAUGCGCAGACGGUCAGGGACGCUGGAUAUUUACGCCAAGUACAAUCCCGAACAGUACGAAGCAGAGUACCAGUGCAUCGCCUCCAAUCAGUUUGGCUCCGCCUACUCCAACAAAAUUAGACUCAUGCUUUACAGAGCUCCAGUCUGGCCGAGGGAGAUCCAGGAGCCUGUGGUGGUCAGUGCAGGUUUACCUCUGGUCCUUCCAUGUGACCCCCCGCCCGGCCCUCCGAAACCUGAAACUUACUGGAUGAAAAGCUGCUCCUAUGCCAGACCUUUUAACUGGCCCGUUCAGACGGCGUUCCCUACCAUGAAGGCUGUGCCACAGGACCGCAGAGUUUCUAUGGGAGUCAAUGGAGAUCUGUACUUCUCUAAUGUACUCUUCAAUGACUCUGUGUCUGACUUCUGCUGUAACACCCGUUUUCCGUACAAGAACAUCAUCCAGCAGAAGAUGCCUGUGGUUGUAAAGGUGUUAAUUGCACGCUCAGUGGUAGAGGCUGCCCCCACCUGGCUGUCCCCUGUCGGUUCAUCCAGCUCUGUACUGGUGCUACAGGGGGAAGAGCUGCUGCUGGAGUGUAUAGCUGCAGGCAUGCCAACUCCUCAUAUCACCUGGACCAAAGAUGGCGGAAGUCUGGACGUGACUUCACGAAUGAAAGUCAAGAAUUUUAACAAGUUAAUUCAAAUCCCAAAGGCUGCUUUUGAAGAUGCUGGUGAAUACAUUUGUAGAGCCACGAAUAGGCUGGGCUAUAUUGAGCACACCAUAACAGUAAAGGUCAAAGCGGUUCCUUUCUGGUUGGAAAAACCCACCAACUUGAUCUUGGCUCCUGAGGAAAAUGGCCGUCUAGUUUGCCAAGCAGAUGGUGUACCUCGUCCCACUAUUGAAUGGUUUAUAAAUGGAGAGCCUGUUGAAUUUGCCACCCACCAGCCCAACAGAGAGGUUUCAGGAGAUGCUCUGAUCUUUCGCAGUGCAACAGUAGAAAACACUGCUGUCUAUCAAUGUAAUGCAUCAAACCAAUUUGGGUAUCUGCUGGCCAACGCCUUUGUCAAUGUACUCCAUGCCACACCUCGUAUUCUUAGUCCUAGGAGUGAGUACAUGAAGGUGAUAGAAGGCACUCGCACCUUUUUAGACUGUCUCUACUUUGGAUCACCACUACCUGAAUUACGAUGGUCAAAAUAUGGACAGGGGAAUCUGGAAGGCAAUCGAUUUAAGACCCACAGAAAUGGCACUCUACAGAUAAAUCGCAUUCGAAUCGAGGACCAGGGGACCUACCUCUGUGUGGUCAGCAACAUUGCAGGAAGAGACGAGAGCCAAGUUCAGGUAGAAGUUAAAGAACCUACAGUAAUUAUCACAAAGCCCCAGAAUAUGAAGGUAAAACGUGGAACAGAUGUACGUUUAGAGUGUGUCAUUAAAUCUGACACCACUUCCUCUGUCACUACAAAUUGGAUGAAAGAUAAGAGAUACGUCACUCUUGGCUGGAGGUUUAACAUGGAGGAAGCAAAUCUACUUAUCAGUAAUGUGAACAGAGGGGAUGAAGGGAACUACACGUGCUUAGCCAAAGGGGAACUGGAUCAAAAGUCUGCCUCAGCACAGCUACUGAUCAUGGAUCGACCAGACCCUCCCACUGAUUUGCAGCUGUCUGAUCCAUAUGAGCGCACUGUGAGACUGACAUGGGUUCCUGGAGACAAUAACCACAGUCCCAUCACAGAGUAUUUGGUGCAGUACGAUGAUGAUGACUGGCUACCGUGGAAGUGGAGAAAUUUGUCAUCAUAUCCUGGCAACCUCAACUCUGUGAUUCUGCACCUCAUCCCCUUCACGUACUACGAGUUUCGGGUCAUUGCCAUCAACGAGAUCGGCCCCAGUCGCCCCAGUCGCCCCUCCUCUCGUUUCCAGAGCAGCGGUGCACCACCAGAUGUUAUUCCAAAAAAUCUAAAAGGUGUGGGGACAUGGAGGAAUAACAUGGAAAUCAGCUGGGAGCCUCUGUCUUAUCGGGAGUGGAAUGGGCCUCACCUCAAAUAUCUAGUUUGGUGGAGACGGAGAGAUUCUAGAGAAGAAUGGAAAAACGCUACUACAAAAUGGUUGAGAUAUUACAUUUAUGAUGCAGAUACUUUUACCCCAUAUGAGCUCAAGAUUCAAGCUGUCAAUGAAUUUGGGCUGGGGCCAGAGUCACCUGUGGUCAUUGGCUACUCUGGGGAAGACCGUCCAGUUGCUUCCCCCCUGAACCUGAGAGUGUCAGACAUCGAAAGCACUCAGGUCACUCUGCAUUGGGACACAGUCGAUAAAAGCUCUCUUAUGGGUGAACUGAAAGAAUACAAGGUUUAUUAUUGGAGGGACAGCAGCCAGUUGAGGUGGCACAGAGUCAACAGAGGCAUGAAGUCCAAAUCAUUUCCAGAUGAUAGCCCUGAGCCCUCUGGAGUCCUUACUGAUCUCAUCCCCUACAGCAACUACAAGAUGUACAUCGUGGUGGCCAACAGUCGAUAUGAAGGACCGGCCAGCAAUUACAUCCACUUCUCGACACCUGAAGGAGUGCCAUCUGUUCCAAAGUCUUUCCGGAUCCAACAGCGACAUCUGGACAGUAUUUAUGUUGACUGGGAGCUGCCAGCGGAGCCCAAUGGAGUUAUCACCGGGUACUCCCUCAAGUACCAGACAGUGAACGCCACCCGAGGAGAGGAGCUGCGGGUCGAGGAGUUUCCCCCAAAUGUCACUAGUUUUUCCAUUCGCCGCUUCGACCGCUACACGCGCUACCGCUUCUCCAUCGCAGCACGCACUCAGAUUGGGCUUGGGGAAUGGUACACGGAGGAGUCGCCACACUACACCACUGAAAUUUAUGCUCAGGACCAGGUGGAUAUCACGACUCAGGGCUGGUUCAUCGGGAUCAUGUGUGCUGUGGCGCUGCUCGUUCUCAUUCUACUGAUCGUGUGCUUCAUCAAGCGGAGCCGAGGAGGCAAAUACCCUGUUCGAGAAAAGAAAGAGAUUUCUCUGGAGCCAGUUGACGACAAAGAGCCAGAGGGGUCAUUUGAUUAUAGGAAUCUCGAAAGGAUAACCCGUGUGGCAACUUUGCCUUAUCAUCCACGACGAGAGGAAGAGCGAGGGAUUCAGCGAGGCCAGCCAUCUUUAGAUUCCAUGAUAAAGCGAUCGUACAGUGAUGACAGUCUGGUGGACUAUAGUGAAGGAGGAGAGAUCCCCUUUAAUGAGGACGGCUCUUUCAUUGGGCAGUACACAGGGACCAGGAGGGACGUACGGGACCUAGACUUUAGUGGAGGCCUCAACAGCAUUUACUCCCUUGCAUAAAAAACUCAACCAAGACAGAAGUGGAAAGAAUAUUGUCUGAGAUAGUUUUUUUCAUUUUUUGUAAGAUUUGUUGUUUGAAAUAAUGCAUUGAAUAUUUUGUUACACAUUUUUGAAACCUAUAAAAACAGCCAAAAGACUUUAUAACACUGGUUUAAGUGGCAUUUGCACAAGGAUCAUUUUGACUCGUUUUGAUGAUUAUGAUGACAUUUGUGAAGAAUUUAUUUGUCAUUACAUUUUUUUAAACCAACCAAAAGCCACAAACAGACUUGAAAACCUUUUGAGUGUUGGUAUAAGUGACAUUUCUGAACAUUUGUGGUACGUUUUUGUGUCAACUCUUUUUGAGCAAUGCAUGAACUUGAAACUCCCAUGUCACCUGCUAAGGGAGUGGAACCAGCACACCUCUGCAAUUUUUGGAAAAUACAAAAAACAAAAAACUUUAUUGGAUGGGACUGCCUGACAUGUAGUGAAGUGAGAUUGUUGAAGCUGAAGCUGGUGAACUUUCAACAAUGAGGCUGGCACAGAGCUGGCAGCAGGUCAAACCACCAAAUGACUGUGUACAGGAAACUUCAGAUUUUGUCCCUUUCCUUCCUCAACAAAUUAAAAGCGCUACAAGAUGUUUAAAGGGCCCAUAUUACGCUGUUAACUGAGCUAUGAUAUAAUGUUGUUGUCCUCUUCACAGUUGAGUUUUGUUUGAUCACGCACAUGUUUAAUACACCCACCCUGUGUAUUAAGACUGAGUUUUUCUCUCAGACAGAAAGCAUUCCGUUCCACCUUCCUUGUGAUGCUUGGGGGGAAGGAAGUGCUCCACUGUGUUUUUAAUUACCAUAUACCGUCACUGAAAUCAUUUGGAUGAUUUCAGCCCUGUAAUUACCAGUGUCUACUGAUCUAAAAAUAAAAGGUAGCUGUUAAUUUGAAACCUAAUAGUAAUGGGUAAAAUAUGUGUGAAAGAAAGAAAACAACUUCAGGUAUGUUUUUGAGGAGGUAACAACAUUAUAGCAUGGCUUAAAACUCACAAUAAUACAUUUUGCACAAUAUAGGACCUUUAAGGGUAUAACUUUUAGGGGAAGUGGCAGACCCUUCACCAGAAAAGUUCCAAACUGUACCUUUAAAUAUCUACAUAAGAGCACCUUUUCUUCAUUUCAUUUCUAGGGUAUAGUGGAGCAUGGGAUGUGUACACAAUGGAACUUUUAUGUUUUAAACUGAUGUUAAGUCGUGGUAUUUUCAGGCUACAACAUUCCAGAGGAUGAGCAACUUAAUUAUAUGACGGACUUUUAUUUCAGUGAAUCCACCCUUUUGUGUUCAUUCAUUGUAAACUCAUUGACCUAUAUAUGGAAAUGCACAAUGUCUUUAAAUGUUUAACUAUUGUAGAAGCAAAAAUGGUUUGUUGAUAAAAAAAAAAAAAAAAAAAGACUGAAAAAGCCAUCUAACUAAUUACAAAAAUUUGUACUAACAAAAGUCUCAUUGUUGCAUUUGAUUGUAGUGUUCAUAAUAGAAUAAUUUUAAGUAAAACUAACUGAGAAACACCUGAUUCUUUAAUUAUCUGGUGAUGACGUAGGUGGAUUGGGCAUCAAGCUUUAGUUGGUUGAAAUGGCAAAUUCAUUAUAUUAUUAUUUAAGUUAAGGAUUGUUUUCAGUAGUGUAGUAUAGAGUAUGGGGCAUUGAUUUCACAUAAGCAUUAGAUUGAAUACUUUAAUAUCUAAACUAAGGGCAAGGAAAAUAUUUACUUUUUUUCUAAAUGGUGUAAUUUGGUUUGGAAAAUUACUGGUAUAGAGUCUGUGACAUAGGGGA